CUGUGGCGCAGUGGCGCAGUAGUAGUUCUGCUUCCGCCGUCCAAAUCAUUGUGGAGCUGUGCUCCGAGGCUAUCAACAAUGAUAUUUAUACUUCUUUUAAUUUAUUGUUCGUCCUUAGGUACCGGUUUUGAGAUGAAGUCUAUUUAUUGUUCAAUUUCUGACAGCUGCGACUGUGACUUCAAACCAGACAUAAAAGGUUUAGAGUGGGACCUUUAUAAAAAUCUUUAUGGUCAACAUAUGGCUCAGGAUAUCAUCUCGGAAGCAGUGGUGAAGUUUUUACAGAAUGAGAGCCCCGACAGACCGCUAGUGCUGUCAUUCCAUGGAGCAUCUGGGACUGGAAAAAGUCUGGUCAGCUCUAUGAUGGGACGACACAUCUACGGAACAGCUAUGGGCAGCCCAUACAUCCAUCAGUUUGUUCCCACUUUACACUUUCCUUUAGCUGACAGGGUGCAACAAUACAGGUCAGAUCUAAAACGCUGGGUCGAGGGAAACCUCACAGCUUGUGCUCGCUCAAUCUUCAUCUUUGAUGAGAUGGAGAAAAUGCCUCCUGGUGUGAUCGAUGUUUUAGAACCGCAUUUAGGCCCCUUUCAUGUUCUGUUCCAGACGAACUACCGUAAGGCGAUUUAUGUAUUUAUCAGUACUGUAGGUCAGGAGGUAAUUAACAAAGUUGCGCUGGAGAGCCGUCAGGCAGGUAGAGAUCGAGAGGACAUUCUUCCUAAAGAGCUGGAGGACAGUAUUGCUGAUGCAGUGUACAACAACAAGAACAGUGGCUUCUACCACUCCAGAAUAAUUACAGAAAAGCUUAUCACUCGUUUUGUGCCUUUUCUUCCCUUGCUGCGGCGCCACGUGGAGCGCUGUGCCCAGCGGGAGCUCUGCCAGCGUGGGGAGUGUCAGCGUGCAGAUGUGACUUCGUUGGUAGGGGGCGCCAUGACUUACACACCAAAUGAUGGACAAUACUUCUCCAGCACUGGCUGCAAAUUAGUACCGGCAAAAGUUAACCUGUUCCUUUGAGGGUAAGAGUAAAAUCCCUUAAGGAUCUUAACAGCAACUGGGAGCUCUUUGGGUGAAGGAACUACAGAGUAAACCUGCCUGAAUUUGGAAUUUGGGGACGUUUGUAUGUUUCAUCCAUAUGGAUGAGUUCUGAUGAAGAAUGAGCAGGAUGCAAUAAAUAUUGCUAGCUCUGGUUUGCUGGUUUUAAUCAAGCAGGAAUAAUUAGCCUGUUGCUAUUUAAUAAAAAGGGCAGAUUCACAGAGCCAACCUCAGUUCUCUGGGCCACUGAAACAACCUACAACAUUCUCAGUUUCAGUGUGCAAAUAACUACAAAUCUCAGAACUUUAAUUAUAAUUUAUUUUAUUAUGGGAAAUUCAUUUGAAAAUGGAACUAAGUGCUGUAUUUUUUUAUGCCGCCCACAGGGUGGCAGCAGUGCCUACUUGAAGUAAGUUUUUUUUUAUCGUGUAAAUGAUGUAUAAUAGCUUUCAUUUAGUAUUUAAAUAGUUGCUUUUUUUUAAACCAGACAAGUCAGUAAGUUUCUGCAGAUCUUUCAGUACAAUGUAAAUAAAGAUGUCUUAAAGCAACGGUUGACACAAAAUUGUAAUUCUGUCAUCAUGUGCUCACCCUCACGUCAUUCCAAACGAAAAAGAAGAUAUUUUGAAAAGUGCCUUUUUUGUUACCAAAAUUCUUAAUAUUUCAGCAUUAAUCCAUACAGGUUUGGAACAACAUGAUGAGAGAGAGUGAAUGAUGUUAAUAUAUAAUUUUCAUAAUUUUCACUUUUGAGUGAACCUUAGGAAAAUAGAAUAUUUCAUGGUACCACAUCAAAGUUAAGAAAUAUUUUAAUACAUAAUUCUGUUUUCUUUUCUUAAUGCUAUAUUCUUACCUUUUUUUUUCCUUCCUAUAUAAACUCUAAAAUGGUUAGAACAAACAUUCAGUUCCUUUAUGUAAUUUAAAACACUAAAGGGAAUCUAAAGGAUAAUUUAUGCUUGAAGUGCCCUGAUAAUGUAAAUAACGUUUUAAAGGUCAAACCAUUUUCUUAAUGCAUUUUCGAUUCAUUGAUCAGCCAUAUCCAUCUGUAUUGUUUUUUUUUUUUUUAAAUGUACAGUAAUUCAAAAUGAAAUGGUGCUUUUCAUAACUGUGCAUCAAAGGCAUGACAAUAAAAUCAAGUUUUUGUGAAAAAUCA